AUGUGUGGUGACUUCAACGGAGUUCAGCUUCAAUAUGAGUCCACCGACUCAAUUACAGGGGCUGCUCUAACUCCACAAGACUUAGCAUUUAUAUGGAAAGUCAAUGGUCCUACUGAACAAUGUGACGAUAUCACCUCUCCUCCUCUACUUGAUGACAGCUGUUUUGGCUCGACGACAAACGCUUGUUACGAGCUGCUGGAACUUCCCGCAUUGAACGGCUGUCAAAACCUGAUUGACCGUGACGCCUUCUUCAGAGUAUGUGGGCAGAACUAUUGCACUAUCAGCAAUGAUACAUCAACCUUGUGUUCAGAUGUCUCAGAGUACUCCCGUCAGUGCGCUAAUGCAGGCGGUCAUCCGGGCCAGUGGAGGUACAAAGGCCUGUGUGAACUUACAUGCCCAUUAAACAUGGAGUAUAACGAAUGUGGUAGUCCCUGUAUUGCCACUUGUACUAACCCCCAGCAAGGCCCAACAUGUGGAGGUACCUGUGUGAAUGGAUGCUACUGUCCAUCUGGGACUCUCUUGGAUGAUAUUACAAACACUGGGUGUGUUGCUGUGGACAAGUGUCCUUGCUUACACAAUGGAAACUCAUACAACCCAGGGGCUACAUACUCAGAUACAUGUCAACAAUGCACCUGUGCUGGUGGUCAGUGGAGCUGUGUAAAGAAGGACUGUCCAGGUACCUGCUCCAUGCUGGGUGGCUCCCAGAUCUUCACCUAUGAUGGUAAAGGUUAUAAUUUCCAUGGAGAGUGCUCUUAUGUUCUCUCAAAGUCCAUUAAUGGGACUUUCUCAGUCAUUGGAGAGAUGGCUAAAUGUCAAAGUACAGAAACAUCGACUUGCCUGACUGGAGUCAUUCUGCAGCUGUCUCAACAAACGAUAAUUGCAGUUACAGAAAAGGGACUGGUCACUUAUAACCAACAGCCCACUACACUGCCUUUUGCCAGAGAUGACGUAAAAGUUAUCAACCCUACAUCAUUCUACAUUGCAAUCCAGGCCUCCUGUGGGGUUACUCUCGAGAUUCAGCUCAUACCUGUUAUGCAGGUCUACAUCAAAGCUGAUGUUUUCCAUAAGGGAAAUCUCAACGGCCUUUGUGGAAACUUUAAUGAUAUUGGAGCUGAUGACUUCACAACCCAAUGUGGACUGACUGAAGGAACAGCUCUGACAUUUGUGAACACAUGGGUGGCCCAACCAAACUGCCCCUCUGCUAUAGCCAUAUUUGGAGACCCAUGCACUGCAAGCAUAGACAGGCAGAAAUAUGCCAAGUACUGGUGCGCCUUGCUGUCAGACCCAAAUGAAGCUUUUGCUGAGUGUCAUUCUACAGUAAGCCCAUACACCUAUGAAACCUCUUGUGUUUAUGCCACUUGCACUGGUGAAAACAGUGAGGACAGAAUGUGUGCUGCGUUAUCCGCCUAUGUCCAUGCAUGUGCUAGUGCAGGUGUAGUUCUGACUGGGUGGAGGAACAUCACAUGCCAGAAAUACACUACCUGCUCUUCUAAUUUAGUGUAUGACUACCAGAUGACAAGCUGUGGUCGCACCUGUCGCUCUCUCAGUCAGCCAGAUUUAGCAUGUAAUAUUAAUUUUACCCCACUUGAUGGCUGCGGCUGUGCUGAAGGAACUUACCAAAAUGAGGAAGGAGAGUGUGUGUCAGCCUCACACUGCUCCUGUUAUGUGGGAGACACAGUGGUGCACCCUGAUCAGGUCAUCAGAGUCUAUGGACAAAGCUGUGUCUGCCACAGUGGAAAAUUAAGCUGCACAGGAAGCCCGAUAAAUGAAUCAUGUACCAAUCCAAUGGUCUUCUUCAACUGCUCCAGUGCAAAGCCAGGUGACAAAGGAUCAGAGUGCCAAAAAACCUGCCAAACAGUGGAUACAGACUGUGUCAGUACAAAGUGUAUGUCAGGCUGCGUAUGUCCUGAUGGCCUGUUGUCCAAUGGUAAUGGAGGCUGUAUUAAGAGGGAGGACUGUCCUUGCACAUACAAUGGAGAAACCUAUAAUAGUGGACAGAGUGUCACUGUGGACUGCAAUAAAUGCGCUUGUAAAAACGGAAGUUGGGACUGCACAAAUGACAAAUGUGAUGGAACAUGCCUCAUAUAUGGAGAAGGGAAUUACAUCACCUUUGAUCAGAGGAGAUUCUCCUUUAAUGGGCAGUGUGGCUAUAUUUUCGCUCAGGAUUACUGUGGAGAUGUGAAUGGCACCUUCAGGAUCCUGACUGAGAACAUCCCAUGUGGAACAUCUGAAAGCAUCUGCUCCACUGCUGUCAAGCUUUAUUUAGGGAACAAUGAAAUUGUCCUUUCAGAGGACACUGUCAGAGUCAACAAACUAAGCCAAGGGGUGGACAUACCCUUUCAUGUCAACACUAUGGGUAUAUAUUUUGUCAUUGAGGCAAAUAAUGGUCUUGUUCUCAUCUGGGAUAGGACGAGAACAGUGAUGAUCAAACUUAGUCCUAAAUUCCAGGGCACAGUCUGUGGUCUGUGUGGAAAUUUUGAUGGGAACAGCAUAAAUGAUCUCACUACAAGGAGCAAUGAAGUUGUGGUUGAUCCCAUAACUUUUGGAAACAGCUGGAAAUUGUCACCUACCUGUCCUAAUGUAGACGUACAAACAAAUCCCUGUGUUUUGUACUCACAGAGGGAGGCAUGGGCAUUAAAACACUGUGGGAUUAUCACCAGUGAUGUAUUUGCUAGCUGCCAUGCAAAGGUGGAUCCCCAAGAUUAUUACAAAAACUGUGUGAAAGACACAUGUGCCUGCAAUACAGGAGGAGAUUGUGAAUGUUUCUGCUCAAAUGUAGCAGCCUAUGCAGCAGCGUGCAGCCAGGCCGGCGCCUGCGUGAGAUGGAGAACUCCUUCAAUUUGCCCUCUAAUGUGUGAUUAUUACAAUCCUGAUGGAGAGUGUGAAUGGCACUAUGCACCUUGUGGGAAACCAUGUAUGAAGACAUGCAGGAAUCCCUCAGGAAUAUGCUACAAUAAAAUUCCAGCAUUAGAAGGCUGCUAUCCAAAUUGCCCUGCUGAAAGGCCUUAUUUGGAAGAAGUUAGCAUGAUGUGCGUGUCACAGAAGGAAUGUGGCUGUUAUAGUAAUGGAGGCAUGCAUUACAAGGAAGGGGAGGCCAUGCCCCCACUGGAAAACUGUCAAAUUUGUACUUGUUCAUCGACACAGAUGGUGUGCAGCUAUGAUGUUGAAGCAUGUAUAUGUUCUUAUCAAGGACACAUGUACAACUAUAGAAAUAUAGUCUAUGAAACACAUGAUGGAAAUGGAACCUGUAUCACUGCUGUUUGUGGACCAAAUGGAACAAUUGUCAGAACGAUGAGUCAAUGCACAACCCCUGCCAAACCCACAACAAUAAUAACAACAACACCUUUCAUUUUUUCUAGCACAACUGCCACAACAGGCACAACCACUAGACAGGAAACGAGUUCUGAACCACCACUCAGUGAACCUAUAACAUCAACCACAACAGCGCCAGCCACAACAGGCACAACCACUGGGCAGAAAACCAGUUCCGGACCACCACCCAGCAAGACUACAACAGCAGCCACAACAACACCGACAACAACUGGCACAACUGCUGGACACGAAAUGAGCUCCGUACCAGAACCCAAACCGACCACAACGGCAGCCACAACAACGCCGGCCACAACAGCGCCAGCCACAACAGGCACAACCACUAGACAGGAAACGAGUUCUGAACCACCACUCAGUGAACCUAUAACAUCAACCACAACAGCGCCAGCCACAACAGGCACAAACACUGGGCAGAAAACCAGUUCCGAACCACCACCCAGCAAGACUACAACAGCAGCCACAACAACGCCGACCACAGUGGUCACAGGACAGACUGUUACCACUGCUUUUACACCAAAAGAAGAACCUACUACAACACCUUCUGUAGUUACAAAUGUAGUGCAUACAUCCAGGGUGACAGGAAAACAGGUGGUUCUUAAUACAGAACCACCCAGCACCACUACAACAUCAGCCACAACAACAACAACCACAACAGGCACAACCACUAGACAGGAAACUAGUUCCACACCACCAACCAGUGCACCUACAAGAGCGCCAGCCACAACAACGCCGACCACAACAGCGCCAGCCACAACAGGCACAACCACUAGACAGGAAACGAGUUCUGAACCACCACUCAGUGAACCUACAACAUCAGCCACAACAACAACAACCACAACAGGCACAACCACUAGACAGGAAACUAGUUCCACACCACCAACCAGUGCACCUACAAGAGCGCCAGCCACAACAACGCCGACCACAACAGCGCCAGCCACAACAGGCACAACCACUAGACAGGAAACGAGUUCUGAACCACCACUCAGUGAACCUACAACAUCAGCCACAACAACAACAACCACAACAGGCACAACCACUAGACAGGAAACUAGUUCCACACCACCAACCAGUGCACCUACAAGAGCGCCAGCCACAACAACGCCGACCACAACAGCGCCAGCCACAACAGGCACAACCACUAGACAGGAAACGAGUUCUGAACCACCACUCAGUGAACCUACAACAUCAGCCACAACAACAACAACCACAACAGGCACAACCACUAGACAGGAAACUAGUUCCACACCACCAACCAGUGCACCUACAAGAGCGCCAGCCACAACAACGCCGACCACAACAGGCACAACUGCUGGACACGAAAUGAGCUCCGUACCAGAACCCAAAUCGACCACAACGGCAGCCACAACAACGCCGGCCACAACAGCGCCACAAGACUACAACAGCAGCCACAACAACACCGACAACAACUGGCACAACCACUAA